AGAUAACCCACUUGAAACAUGCCCCUUUGUGAUUUGGCUCAGGCCAUGCCCAUUCAAGGUGUGCUUUAUUUUGCUCUGCCUUCACCUCUGCUCUCAUUGCCUAGGCUGCCUUAGGUGGUGAAGCUUCUAUACAGACACAGACACGUAUGACCUCUAGGCUUUGAGGAUGAAUCCUUUCUCUUGGGAAAGCAGGCUGCUCCCUUUGGGUGUUACUGUGAUGUUAGGAGCAAUAGCUCUGUACAAAUUUAAGAAGAGUCAGAGCAGAACUGGGAGCUCUCCAGUGGUGCUCUGUCACUCAGUUCUGCUCUGCCUUUGGGGAAUCUAUUGCUUUUCCAGUUUCUCGAUCUUCUGGGGUUGGACUCUCUUCUCCCUGGCAUGUUGCAUCUCUUUGUCUUAUUCAACCAGUCAAGAAAUGCUACCUUUGGACAAGAGAGCUGUGCUGAUCACCGGUGGAGAUUCUGGAAUUGGCCAUGCCCUGUCAAAGUAUCUAGAUGAGUUGGGAUUCACUGUAUUUGUUGGCGUUCUGAAUGAGAAAGGACCUGGAGCAGAGGCACUGAAGAAGACUUGCUCCAAGAGAACUUCAGUUUUCCAAAUGGAUAUAACCAAACCAGCCCAGAUCAGAGAAGUUCAAGCUCGAGUUGCAGAAAAAGUGCAACAAACAGGAUUGUGGGCUAUUGUCAACAAUGCCGGGAUCUUAGGCUCCAUAGGAGAUGGUGAGCUCCUUCCCAUGGAUGUCUACAGACAAUGCAUGGAUGUGAACUUCUUUGGAGCUGUGGAGGUGACCAAGGCCUUUAUGCCCCUCCUCCGGAAAUCAAAGGGAAGGGUUGUCAAUGUGAGUAGUCUUGCAGGAGCCAUGCCCAUGAAGUUUUUAGCUGCAUAUUGUGCAUCCAAGGCAGCUCUGACCAUGUUUUCUGCAGUCAUGAGAAUGGAACUUGAAAAAUGGGGCAUCAAAGUGGUUAUAAUUCAUCCUGCAGGCUUCAAAACAAACAUAUUUGGCACAAAGGAAACAUUGGGCAUGCAAGAGAAGAACAUCCUGGACAAUAUAUCCCCUGAUGUACUAGAAGCUUAUGGCCAAGACUACAUCCACUCUUCAAUUUGGCCUUUCCUCCAAACCUCAGAAAAAUGCACUACAGACUUCUCCCCCAUAUUCACAGACAUACUGAAUGGCAUCCUGUGCAAGAACCCAUCUUUCUUAUACACAGCAGGAAUGUUUUCUUACCUAUGUCAUUGCUUAAUUUUCUAUUUUCCUGUUUCAGUUUUUGAUUAUGCUUCAAAGAAAAUGUUCCCAACUAAAACUCUGCCCAAAGCUUUAACAUGACUCAAAAGCAGACAACAUGGCAAUGAGUUUGAAUCAAGAACACAUGUGAUACCCAGUGGAAUCAUGGGUCGGCUAUGGGGGCGGGGGUAGGAAAAGAUCUUUGUCUUUAAUGAAUAAUGCUUGGAAAUGAUCAAAUAAAAUAUUAUUAAAAAAUAAUAAACUCAAAAAGUAGAAAGUAAAAAAAAAAGCUAAUUAACUCUGACACAUUGAUUAUCAAUAGCAAGGGUAAGGCAAUUCCCAGGAUGGGGCUUGUGAACAAUAGUGUUAGAAAUCAAUCCCAAGCCCCUCAGGGUUACUCCUAGAAUCAUAAGGAGAGUUAUAGUCAUCUAUUCUCUGAGGAUCCAAUCCGCUAAUGUAUGAGUUGGGAAAGUAGCUCUGAGGUGGUGCAACACAUUGAAUGCUAAAAGCUUUGAGGACAAAUAAUAUUUCAGAUCUUUACCCCAUUUCUGAGUAUACCAAGACACAGAGCAGUUACCAAGCUGAAUCUGAAAUCAGGAAAUUAGCUUGUUUUCAUGACUUAUAUGACACUCUUACCUCUUAGGGCUGGUAAAUCAGAAGCAAGUUAGACUGGGAAAAAGUCAGACUGACAAAUAAAUUACUCAGUCAGUAGUUUUCAUUAUCUUUCAUCAUCUUUCCAAACCUGCUCAGAUAUUUUUGACGUAUUUGUUAGGCAGCUUACUGCCUUGGUCAAAUCCUAAAUGAUUUUGUCCAGUCUGAAAUUGGGCCACCAUAAAUAAACACACCAAUGUCUUAUACCAGUGAACUCAUGGCAGAAAUCCAUAGACACUGGAUCUACCAACUAUGAGGAAGGAGGAUGUUCAUUACCAAAGGUUCAAGUUGGCCUAGAACAAUCAUAAAUUCAUAGAAAUAAAAAUACUCAAAUGAAGAGAACCUCAGAGACCACCCAGUCCAUCCCAUAUUUGAAAGAGAAUUCUCUACACCAUGCCCAGCUACUCUAAUGUUCUUUUUGAAUGUCACACUCAGAAAAGAGCACAGUACUUCCAGUGGUGUUCUAACCAAUCAUAGCUCAAUGAUAUUAUCACCUCUUUCAUUCUGGACACUAUGCAUCUCAAUACUACUUAAGUUAAAAAGUUUUUGGCUGCUAUAUCACACAGUCCCCCAUUUUGAACUUAAAGAACACAAAAAUUUCCUAGAUUUUUUCCCAUAGGAACUGUUUUCUACUGAUGCUUUUCCAUUUUUAUAUUUAUGAAACUGAUUUUUUGAAUCCAAGUUUUUGUGAGAUAAGCCUGAAUUUGGACAGUAGGUUUAGGAGGUUUGGAUUUUUGGUUUUGUUUCUUUGGCUAGCAAUAGGCACUUAUGAACCAUAAAGUGUAAUGAUCAAUACAAUGUUGCAAGAUAAUUCCAAAAGACUCAUGACAAAAAAUGCCAUCCACGUCCAGAGAGAGAACUAAUGAGUUCUGAGGGAAAACUGAAAUGUGAUUUUCUUACUUUCUUUAAUUUUUUGGCCCUUUUUUGUAAUGUGGCUAAUAUGGAAAUGUUUUACAUGAUUUCAUAUAAAUAAUUAAUAUCACAUCGUUUCCUUUCAGGGG